CGGCGCCAGUUCAAAUCUUCCCGUUGUUUUUUCCCCUGAUUUAACUAUUUGCCGGAUCGUUGACUGAAUUUGUUUCGUCGUUCAUCAUGUCGGGGAUCACGUUGACGAUGAAAGUUUUGGAGGAUUUAACCGGCUGCCAGAAUAAAAAAUUGCUAGCCAUGACAGAUCUUGAUUUGAGUGGAAAUAUGGUGAAGCACCUGGUUUCUGGUGUCUUUUCAGAGUUCAAAAACCUCACAAGGUUAAACUUAUCAAAUAAUUCUCUCAAGACAUUUCCAAACGAAGUUGCUGCUGAGUUAUCAAAUUUAAAAUACUUGGACAUCAGUGAAAAUAAUUUUUCUAAUUUAGAAUUCUUGGACCAGUUGUGUAACUUGGAAGAACUUUUUUGCAAUAACAAUGACCUAGAAAUAUCACAGAAAUUAGUAGCUGCAUUUAUCUGCAAUAAACUGAACAAAAUUGAUGGGAGAGGAAUUGAAAAUUACAAAAAUAUAUCAAAGACUUAUAAAGAAAAGCUAACAGACAUAGUAUCACAAAUCUGGUCAGAACAUUUUGAUCACGUUGAUCUUGCGAAAUCCACUGCAGAUGACAUAACAUUUGAGGUGAGAAACAAACUACUGAAACUGAUAAGGAUUGCAAAGCCUUCUGUACCAGGCCUUCCUUCCACUGUUAAAGAUCUUUUGAUCAAAUUGUUUUGCGACCAGUUCUUGAAGAAACUUCUAUCAAAUAAAUUUUCCAACGCUGUACUGAAAAAUCAAACACCAGUGAAGAAAAUUAGGAUAAAAAUUACAGAUAAGGUGCCAGUAAUCAUCAGUUCACCUCUCAGAAGUCCAGCAAGAUCAAUAGUAAGUCCUGCAAACAUUGUUGAAAGUCCAAGGAGAAGCUGCUUGACCAGUCCAAAAAACAACAUCAACAGUAGUUAUAUCAACACUAGUGCAAGUGUUACAACUCCAAACAAGGUGAGAAAAGUUUUAAACUUUGAAAACAAUGAUUCAAAAUUGGCCAACAAAUCACUACAAGAAACAUCUCUCACUAGUCCUUUCAAAGAAAAAUUGAGCCUGGAAGAUGCUAUUGAUCUGAUGAAAGUUAACAAGGCAACUAGUAGAAAGGUUGUCAGUCCAAGAAGUCUGACCAAAAAACCUGAAACGUCACGAACUAGUCCAAGAAAGAGUCUCAAUUCAGCGAAGUAUCUGUUUGGUAGUUCACCUCUGAAAAGUCCAACAAGGUCAUUAGCUAAUACUGAAAAUAUUAUUGGCGGUCUAAAGAGAAAGCUAACCAGUCCAAAAAACAAUGACAGUAGUAAUAUGAGCACAACCCCACACAAACUCUCACACACUCAAAAUGAUGAAGUUUUGAAGAAUAGCCCUGCAUAUUCUGGUCAAAGUAGUCGGAGGUCGGAUGUUCAUAUGGGAAAUUCUCUUCUCAGUCCAACCAAACAAGCAGUUGACUGCAUCAAGAAGCUCAACUUCAACUCUAAUGUUUCUUCUGCCCAUUCAAGCAAGACAUUUGAUGAUUUAGACACUACAGAAUACCAGCCGAUGCACUUCCUGAGAUGUCACUCGGGUGAUAAGAGGGCCCUGAAGGAAGGUCACACCCUUGAUGACCCCACUGACGAGUUAACUAACGUCUGGGGCUGCAGCAUGGAGCCUGAUCCACACGAUCCUGCCAAGACUACCGGUAUAGUUGCAACCUGUGGAGGUACGAUGGUCUGCCUAAUAGACUGCAGUUCUGGCCAGGUUGUCAAGAGAUUCGAACACCAUAAAGAGCAAUUUUUUUGCUUGGCCUGGACCACUGUAGAACUCAACAACGAACCUAACAACAUACUUGCUGUUUCUGGUCACAAUGGUAACCUAAAACUUCUACAUCCACGUCUCCUUGCUUGUUUUGAAGAGUUUGGGUCAGGUCGACCUAAUAGGCAGUUAGCGGUUUUUCUAACGAACCCUGCUUCACUGGUCACCAACAUUUUCGUCCACCAGACGUCAGGGUUGUUGAUUGGCGGUACAACUGGCGGAGUGAUGGCUUGGUCACUUGGAAAAAAUUUGAACGUUUCAGACAUCGCUAGUAACAAAAGAAGGAAUCCAUGCAAGGUAUUGUCAAUCAACAACAAGAUGAAGGGCAAGAUGUCAACAUGUGAUGGUCUAACUCCUAUUAACGAUAACUUUUUUGCGUGCAAGUUCCUGUCACACGGCUGCAUAUACGUGUACAAUGUCAAUCAUCUCGAUCAUGGACCCGCCUACAAACUUGACUGGCUGAAAACAAACUCCGAAUUUAUCGGACUCUCGUGUGUUAAUGGUCUUCUGUUGUGUGGAUCAGAUGAUGGAAGUAUAUGGAUGUAUAAUACAUCACAUCUCCAGAACGCAGGCAAUAAGCUCAUUCCCAAGGUGCUGCAGUGGCCUGACUGUAAAGUAGACAUGGAGAAUUCAAAUGACGCCAAGAUGACAGACGUCCUGGACAAACCAACAGUCUUAGUUAUCAACAAUCUGACAUCAAGUCAUGAAAGAACGUACAUUGUGGCAGUUACUGAUUGCAACCUCGUCUGUAUCUGGAAGAGGACUUAACUCUUAUUCACUUUUUAAGCUAAUUUUCUGACGUUUUACUUGGCUCAAUUUUUCGACAAGACAGUAGCUUUAUACCUUUUAAUGAUUGCAUGUUUGCGUAUUGGUACUUUUUUUUAUUUUUGAUUAAUUAAAAAUGCCAACAAUGUUGUUUCAAAGAUGAUAUUUUACAU